AUGGGGCUCUGCAAGUGUCCAAAGAGGAAAGUGACCAAUUUAUUUUGCUUUGAGCAUCGGGUAAAUGUAUGUGAGCAUUGCCUGGUCUCUAACCACACCAAGUGUAUAGUCCAAUCAUAUCUGCAAUGGCUUCAGGACAGCGACUACAAUCCAAAUUGUUCUCUUUGCAACACUCCACUGGCAGAUCAAGACACAGUCAGAUUGGUUUGUUAUGAUGUUUUCCAUUGGGCAUGUCUCAAUAAUUUGGCCUCCCAAUUGCCUCAACACACAGCUCCAGCAGGAUACCAGUGUCCCACCUGUCAAAGUGCAAUAUUUCCUCCAUCUAAUCUGGCCAGUCCCAUCGCAGAUGUGCUGAAAGAACAGCUGUCAUCUGUAAAUUGGGCAAGAGCAGGUUUAGGUCUCCCUCUGAUUGAAGAGCCCCUUGUUGAUCUGGAAGAAACCAAAGCUUCUGAUGUAACAGACUACAAUGACUGGUCAACAUUUGAUGCCCGGGAACAAACUGAAGCGUAUCCAAGUCAUUCCUACACCACUGGUGUUAGUCCUCAAACAAAUGCUGUUUCGGGCAUAGUGCAGGAGGAAGUUGGAGAGACCAUAAAAAGUGCUGAACAAACCAUUCAACAACAUGCUGUAAUAAGCUUGAACACAGACAACAUUAGUGACUCCGUCACAAUACAUGCAGCUUCAUCACCGAGAAAGAUCUAUGACACGCGGGACACAGGACAAAGCUCUGUCACACAGAUUGACUUUGACGAUGACAAGUACAGACGAAGACCAGCUCUGAGCUGGUUUGCACAAGUUCUCAAGAAUCGAACUGGAGGGAAACGUACAACCCUGACAUGGAAGCAGCGCAUGUUCAUGUUUCUUUUGGUUGGAGUUCUGGGAUUUUUUACUUUGAUCAUCAUCAUGGCUAAACUCGGACGGGCCUCGGCUGGUUCAGAUCCAAAUUUAGACCCUCUUCUUAACCCCCACAUCCGUCUUUACCUCAACAGUGACAGCUUUUUAAUUACAUAG